AUGACUACCUGGGAAAAUCGCGACGUGACCAACAACCACCUUCUGCCGUAUGUGGACUCCGCAACGGCUCCGGAGGAGGUCAGCGCAGCUCUCACAACACUUCCCUUCGAGCGCAACAUCUUUAAGAUGGUCGCAAAUGCGCCCACCUUUUUCCCGACCUUCAUGAAACUUCUCACCUGUGCCUGGUCACCCCAGCGCAGCUUGCGCUCGAAGGACUGGCAACUGGCCGUCUUGCGUACCGCGUCCCUGCUGGAUGCCCCAUACGAGUGGGACGUCAAUGAACCCGUAGCACGAGUCUUCGGCUACACUGAGGAACAACUGGCGGGCCUCCGCUCCGGGGACUUGAGCUCGACGGAGCUCUUUUCCGAUCGCCAGCGACUGAUCAGUGCGGUGGUUGAAGAUCUUUGUCUUCGCGACCGUGUGAACAAGGAUACAGUACUCAAAGCCAAAGAAGUUCUUGGAGAUGAAGCAUUGAUGGACCUGUUCUUCACUCAGUCAAUCUACGCGUUCCUCGCCCGCACCAUGAACAGCUGCUUGAUUGACUUUGAUGAGCCGAUUCCUGGGUUGUUGGAGACACUCCGGAAGUACAACGCACCCAUUAUCGAGCGGGAGAGCACCUAUACAGAUUAG